UGUGAGAUCUGCGACGCGACAGUUGGGGGACGAGCGAGGAGCGAGACGAGCGGGGGCCGGGGGCGAGCGUGAAGCGACAAGAGUGAGGAGCUCGGGGAAGUCGCGAUCGCGAGUUCGGUGCGUGCACACAUCGGCUCGCGUUUACAUACAUAUAUGUAUAUAUAUAUGCCCGUCUCGGCUGUGAACGGCGCGCCCGUGGCCGCGCUCGGCGACAGCGACAGGUCGAACGGCGCGACGGAUGGCUCGCGAUAUCGGCCGAUCGGCUGGUUGGACAUGAUGCGCGCCUGCGACGACACGUCCGAUGUACGAUUGGAGACUUUGGAGAGGUUCAGAGCAGCGACGGCGACGGCGGCGAGCGGCGCCGUCGCGACCGCGUCGGGCAACGGGGACGCGGACACGACGGCGGAGGAGGCCACGUCGAGGAAGUGCGAGGGACAGCUGUCUAUGCUGUGCGCAGCGAACAGCUGUUCGUCCUGCAAGCCUGCGUGCCGUACGUCAGAAAUGGCGCAGAAGGAUCACGGCUCGUCCUGGGCUAAUCUGCCCACCGUUAUCUUGCAGGAGAUAUUCACGUAUUUGUCACACGACACCAGGAUAAGAGCCUCCCAGGUGUGCAAAAAUUGGAGAUGUACCUUGUUCCACCCAAACUUCUGGAAAAAAAUCACUUUUGUGUUCAGAGAUCAAGACAGCGUUGUGUGGGCCCGGUUCUUGGCAAAUCGUUUCGCUCUGAGUGUGCACGAAGCUACCAUUCGUUGGGAUAUACCUAGAUAUGUCAAUUGCAUAGGUGAAACGUACAGGCUCUUGAAGAAACUAGGCCAAAAUAGACAAUUGAGAAAAUUGUUCUUGGAAUUCAAUAGUAAUACUUAUGAUCUAUCCUUUGACAACGAGGACGACAGUAACUACAAAAGUUCCGCAUCAUUAGUAAAGUGUGUGGUAAAUAUUAUUGAGACCUCUAAUUGCCUGGAGACCCUGAGUCUGGGAUGCAGGGAAGAGUUGAUAAUGAAUUUGUCUACGAUUUUGGAACCCCUCCGUCUUCAUCACGCCAAACAUUUGACACACCUCAGUCUGGCAUCCAUCAAGGACGAUCCUGAUUAUUAUGACUUCUUCGAGCUUGAUAACUCUAUUUUUAAUUCAUUUAUCAGAUUGUCUAUCUUAACUCUGGAUUAUGAGUAUGUCAGUGAUACUUUGUUGGAAGCGUUAGAUAAUGGAUGUAUGCAGAGACUUGUGAUCCAUAUACAUGGCUGGAAAGAGGAUUAUCCAGGAACAACAAAUAUGGCCUGGCAAAUGUUUGUUCAAAAAAAUCCACAGUGUGAAUUAAGGCUCAAUCUUAUACAUUCUUACGCCGGCGUUAAGGUUUUGGAUACUGACAUAUUCUGUCCUGCUAUGCCAUUGACACACUUACAAGUUCUGUUCUGUGAAAACAUUAAUAUCAGAGCGCUACAUCGAUUAUCAAUGUGGUAUGCGCAUACGCUGAAAUCAUUGACGUGGAUAGACUCGAUAGAUCGCAAGCAGCAUAUGCCAUCCACAUUUGAUUCAAACGAUCCAACUAGUCCAGACUCUUUGGUGUUGGUGGCAUGGAAGUGUACUAAACUUACGAAGAUGGUGUUCCUCGGUCAUAAAUAUUACCAAGAGAAUCUGUUGGCCAUCGCGCGUCUCAGAGGCAGCACCCUUAAAUUAUUGGUAUUUGCAAAAAGUGAUAUUACCUCUGAUUUUGAAUUGUGGCGUCACAAUCAAGCUGAAAGCAUCAGACAUGAAAUUCGAGAUAUAAUGGGUCCACAUUGGAUGCCCUUGGAUGACUCAGACCUACCAAUGGUAAUACUGAAUCCUUUCAAAGGCGAUAGUAGAGAAGUGAUUAUGCCAUUGGUUCUUAGUGAUCAAAAAUAAUUCGCGACAGAAGCCAAGGAAAAUCUCUAUUCAGUGUGAUUAUAUCCAAAAACCAUUUCUGAGCCACCGAUAUUCUGAGAAGUAAUGUUAUCAAAUUACAUCUUAUUCUUCUACGAGAUUUUUUUUUUAAACGAGGGUGAAACAUCGAACAGCGAAUACGCAGUAUAAGUUCGAAAUCUCAUUGUCAACGGCGUUAUCGUUUUCCGAGUUGGGAAUUCUGGGCGCAAUGUGUGAGAGAUACGGAGAGAUAAGCGCACACAUAAUUUUCUCCUCGUUUACAAUAUUUCUAUCGGUUAUUAUAUGAAUGUGAUAAAUUGUAGUCAAACUAGAUCUACUUUUGACUUGUUGAUGAUAUAUCUGAUGCAAAUUACAACACAUUUGCAAACAGUGAGACGAUCUCUUCAACCAAGAGACGAUCUCUCCAGUGAUUUAUAUGCACUAUAGUUUUCUUCUUAUGGAAAACCAUGAGUCGCGC